AGCAUUCUGGAAUGGUUCUCAAACAAGAAUUCAGUUUGGAAGAUAUUUUCGGAAAAUCGUCGGCCAUUUUGAAGCAUCGUAUUAUUUUCCCGAAAGUUUGCGAAGUUGGUAAAGACGGUUAAAUUGGGACACACUUAAUCAGGACUCUCUAAACCCACCAAGAUGUCCAGCACACGCACCAAGAAGUCCAAACGGACUCGAACCCAGCGCUACACGUCCAAUGUGUUCGCCAUGUUCGACCAAGCACAGAUCCAGGAGUUCAAGGAGGCCUUCAACAUGAUCGACCAGAACCGGGAUGGUUACAUUGACAAGGACGACCUUCUGGAGAUGCUCACGUCCCUCGGGAAGGACCCCUCCGAUAAUGACCUUGACGUCAUGAUCAACAUGGCGCCGGGGCCCAUCAACUUUACCAUGUUCCUCACGCUGUUCGGAGAGAGGCUGAACGGUACAGAUCCUGAAGACGUCAUUAAAAACGCAUUCGCUUGCUUUGAUGAAAAGAAUGCAGGCUACAUUCCGGAGGAGUAUCUGCGCGAAUGCCUGACAACAAUGGGCGACAGAUGGACCGACGACAUGGUGGACGAUCUCCUGCACGGCGCCCCGAUCACCGACGGCAGAUUCGACUACGCUGAGUUCACCCGAAUGCUCAAACAUGGUGCCAAGGAGAAAGAUGAAGAUGAGGUUGCGGACGAACCAAUCGAAUCCUCAGCCCUCACCAAAGCUAAAGCAUGAUGACUGUGAUUCUCUGUGCGCGGGUGUGUUUGAGCGUAUGUUCCAUGUUUGUGAGACUUUUAAACAUGGUCCAUGUUCUAUGAGGUCCUCGUUCUAUUAGCGUGAUUCCACUGUGCCACGAAUUAAUAUUUAUCAGUAGCGUAAUGUGUUUAGUGCAUUCUUUGUUUAGGAGAGUGAACAUUUUUCAGGGUUUGAGUAUAUCCGACACCUGCUUCAAAUUAUGCUUACAACUUUCCCUUUACAAUGUCACUUCCGAGAGGCAAAAUCUAGGACAGACAUUAUUUGGUUGUGAUGUCGCGUUUUGAUAACAGGGUAACGAGAGUGAUAUCUGUACAUGCAUUAUGUAUACAUUUGCUUGCAAUUUUAUUCCAUAUUUUAUUGUUUUUCUAGUUCUGAAAAUUAUGUCUUCUUGACAAAAUUAUAUAUAUCGCUUAAUGCUGGAAGUACUUUUAGUCUGCUUAAAUGACACUAUAGUCAGAGUACGAAAAUCGGUAAGAAAGUACAUGUAACUUUUGUCUUUUUAAGGGAUAAAUAUCAUGGGUAUCUCGUCUGUGACCUGUGACAUUUGUAAUUUUUACUCGUGGUUGUGCCAGAUGUCAACAUAUACAGGCCAGUCGAGACAAGUAUGCCCUUCGUUUUCUUAAUGCAUAUUAGUAGUUAGGAUAUCAUAUCACCCGUGUGUUCUGUAGCUAUAUCUGUUGUGAUAUCCCCUUUCGCACAAGAUUACCUUGCUAUACCUCACUGCACCAUGCUAUUGGUUGCGUUUUGUCGAUAUGUUUUGAUUAUAGGUUUUCAUAUUUGUCAUUAUGUAUUGGUUUCAUUUUUUACGAAUAAGAUUAUGUUUAUGUUUUGCACCGCAUUCACGACCCAAUGGUGACCAAUUCAUUCACCAUACGUUGUAACAGUGUUAUUUUAUUGUUUUUAAGCCGUUUAAAUCAGUUUCAGUUUUUACAUUGAACUAGACUUAUAUCAUUUGCAAUUUAGUUUACUCAAUAAUAGUCCUUGGUGUGAAGCCUUUUAUUUCAGUAUUCCUACAUUGUUUCUGUGUGUGAAAGUUACUUAAAUGUGAUGUACAAUGAAACAAUGAAACGCUCGCUUGAUAAUGAAAUGUGGGAAAAAAAGGUCUCACAAUCUCAUUAAAAUCAGAUCUUAGUUCUCUCUACCGCUAAACAAAGAUCUGAGGACAUCCCAUUAGGGGUCACGUCAGAACGACCUUUCAUCCGACCAAUCAGAGCGUCGCUUACCAGAUCAUGAAAAUGACAGUCGCAAUGUGAUUUCUAAUCAUGCAGCCUCGAAAACUUUUAAACGGGAUAUUCCGAACGAUAGUUACGGGCUUAACGACUGAAUCUAUACAAUCUAGACCAUAUAUGAGCCAUUCGAGGAUGGUUUUUUGUUCACGUUUCAAACUUUUAAUCGAGAAUUUGUUAAAAUAUGUUUCGCCAAUUUGAAAUUAGUGCCGGAAAGCACGAGAAAGCUGCCUUCUGAUUGGCUAAUGUCGACUUCUUGUCAGUAAUUCCAUUGGUCGGUCAGAGUUCGCGAAAGGUCUGACUGACGUGACCGGUAAUGGGAUGUCCUCAGAUCUUUGUUUAGCGGCAGCGAGAACUAAGAUCUGAUUUCAACGAGAUUGACAUGUCUCAUGAAUUCUGAGGGUAAUUUGUAAAUUAAUAGUCAGUGGAGAUGUUCCCGGUCCUCCCAUUUUUCUGAUCCGUCACCCACACACCUUUACACGUGCAUCGUUCUUGUGUACGCCACCUGGCCAUGACGAACAUCUCCAAAUAAAGUACAGAAACCUCGAAA